AUGGUCCAGAACACAUCAAUGGUCACCUCCAAGUUCCUGAGCAACCCCGAGGACCUCGGCGUCGUUGCCGUUGGCUUCUCUGGCGGACAGUGCAAGAAAGGCGUCGACGCCGCCCCCAAGGCCCUCAUCGAGUCCGGCCUGCUCACCCAGCUCCGCGACGAGCUGGGCUACAAGCUCCACGGCGACGAUGAGGUGCACCUCUACACCGACCUCGUACCCGCAGACGACCCUCCCUUCCGCAACAUGAAGAACCCCAAGGCCGUGUCCUCCGUCACCGAGCGCAUCGCCGACCAGGUCUACCAGCAGUCGCGCCUCGGCCGCCUGACCCUGACCCUCGGCGGUGACCACAGCAUUGCCAUUGGCACCAUUGCCGGCUCUGCGAAGGCCACCCGCGAGAGACUCGGCCGCGAGAUUGCCGUCAUCUGGGUCGAUGCGCACGCCGACAUCAACACCCCUGAGACGAGCGACAGCGGCAACGUCCACGGCAUGCCGGUGGCUUUCGUCACGGGCUUGGCCAAGGAGUCAAGACCAGAAUACUUUGGCUGGCUCAAGGAUGAGCACAUGCUAAGCAUCAAGAAGCUGGUGUAUAUUGGUCUGCGCGACGUGGACGCAGGCGAGAAGAGGAUUCUGCGCGAGAAUGGCAUCAAGGCGUUCAGCAUGUUUGACAUUGACAGAUAUGGCAUCGGACGCGUCAUGGAGAUGGCGCUGGCGCACAUUGGCAACGAUACCCCCAUUCACUUGUCAUUUGACGUUGACGCUCUGGACCCCAUGUGGGCGCCGUCAACGGGUACCCCGGUCCGCGGCGGUCUCACAUUGAGAGAAGGUGACUACAUUUGCGAGUGUGUGCACGAGACUGGCAGCCUUGUCGCGCUGGACCUGGUCGAGGUGAACCCGUCACUCGCGGCCGAGCAGGAGGGCGCGGCGUCCGAGACGGUAAGAGCUGGCUGCUCGCUGGUGCGUUGCGCUCUGGGAGAGUCAUUGCUCUAA